AUGUCGUCGCAACUGCCAGCUGCAAGCGGGACUCAAGGGGGGCAAACUCCGGGCCAGCGGCCAAUGGCGGUUGGCCGAGGCCACGCCCCGUGCCUCAAUUACCGACCAGUGCUGCCCAUCGGCGGGCAGAGCGAAACCUGUUUCCACGAGCGAGAGGCAGCGAGGCGCAUGUGCGAUCAGAGCGGGACGGAAGUCGCAAGGGUGGACCAACCAGAAGAGGCAGGUUGCUGGUAUUAUGGUAGGUUAGGUUCAAACAAGGUGGCAAACUGGCUCUUAACCGAAAUAGGAAGGAAGUCGGCAGCGGCGUCGACGUCGGGCAACUGGUUUGACUUGUUUCCGGCUCACUCCAACCGCCCAAAUCCACCAGCAAUCGGCAGCGGCAGCCAAGCCGGCAGAGGACAGGCAGAGCAGCGGCCGUCGGCACAAUUUGAUUGCAUUUAUGAAAAGCGUUUUCGGCCGCCAGCACGCGUCCGCUCCCAGCUCGCAAUUCGCCAUCCUCCAUCCGCCAUCCGUAAUCCGUAAUCUGUAAUCUGUAAUCCGUAGACCGAAGUCCGUAAGCCGUGAAUCCAAAGCAGUUCGCAGUGGGAACUGCUAUCAACGGGUAGUGCUUAAACGCGGAAACUGAACUGAAAUCAAUCAAACGUUUAGUGUGUGCCUCAC